GUUUGUAUGUAACAUGACAUUGUGACAAAUGAACCAAGGGAGGUAACUCUACGGCAACAGUGCCGUCAUCUUCCAAAAGUGCCGUCAUACGUCAUCUACGGGGUUUACACAUUCCACUGCACGAUCCUCGCCAUGUUUAGAAGACUGAGCAAGCUGACGUUGUCAUUAUUCUCCCCAGCAGAUCUCUCAAGCCGCAGUCUACGGUCUGCGCUGCCAACACCAGACAGGAUCCCCCUUCCUGAUCUUGCACCCACUACGAUUACAGCCCUUCAAGCAGGUGAAAGGAGCAGCCAGAUUUUUAACUCUGUAUUGAAGCAGUGUGAAACAUUUUACACAACUGUUUAUCCAUCAAUGUCAUCUUCACCAUACUAUCAAUCAAUCGGCAGGAGGAUGGUGGAAAAAUAUCCUUCAUUGGCCUAUGCACAUGGCAAGACACCUUGGGUAAGUUUGAGUUGGCUUCAGUUUAUAUCUCUUAUUCACUUGUGUCUUUUUCAGCGAUGCCGCACCAAUAGAUUUCAAAACAAUGCAAAAUCAACAAGACCUGCUCCUAAGGAUUCUGAAGAUGCACAACCUCAGAAGUUGUUCAAGAUGGCUAAUAAAUUAUCAGGUGUGACAUCAGAGAAAGAUUUUGCAUCCCAUCUUGAUGAAAUAAAGAAGGAAUGGGAAGGAAAGCAAUCAAUUACUCAUCUGCAAACUCUACUAAAACAGACAAGACAAUUCCGCAAAGAGUGGCAAACCACCUUGAAGACUGGAAAGAUUGAGCCCAUUUUAGAAAAGUUCCCUUGUUUUGAGGAAGGAUGCUUUUUGGUGUAUGAAUUCUUUUGCCAACGCAGUGAUGAUCCAGAGAAAGCGAGGGAAGAAAUUGUUGCAAGAAAUAUGGAAUGGAUAAUGCACACUGUCGUAUCUAAAAAAACUGCACCUGAGGGUACUGAUGCUGAAAAAGCAUCCAACUGUUCCGAUUUGCAGAAGCUUGUUUCCAAGCAAAAGGGCAAGGGUUUGAAGUCAAAGACCUGCAUUACCAUAGUCAAUGAUGUGAAGAGUGUGGAAACAGUUCCUCAAAAACAUCUGCACAGCCAAGUGGAAGAGGCUCCUCAUCUUGUGGUCUUCCUUGACAGCUCAAAACACAUCCUACUUGUGGUCUUCCUUGACAGCCCAAAACACAUCCUAUGCCAAUUCAUUGUAGGAGACAAUGUAAAGAUUUUUCUUCAAACACAGUCAUUGUUUGAUGCAGUGAUCAGUCUCCUUGGGAGUUACUAUGUUUUUGAUUUGGAGUACCCCCCUACAUAUUGCCAGGUUCUUGGUCUGGUACAGCACUGGGUUGUAUCUGACAUAUUUACUGGAUCAAGGACAUCCAAUUGUAAAAGUUCAGUGAUGAACUGACAAGAUCCAAAGAUAAACACUGAGAUAUUAGAAUGUUUCCCAAUCAAGCUUUGAACUUUCAAAAAAUCUUUUUGGUAGUAAUGCGGCAAUGUAUACCAUUCUUUAUCCAGUGGCAUGAUAUUUCUCUUAUAAUAUGUUAAAACAAAAGGUAAAAAAGUCAGUUAUACCAGGGAACAUCCCAAGGAGACCUUUGUGAAAGGAAACAGACUGAUUCUUCCUUUAGUUUUCAUUACAAUGAUGUUGUCUAUUACAAAUUUAUGCAAACUGCUGAUAUUCUAAAGAGAAAGAUUAUUAUACAAAUUAUGAAAGCCAAAAUUUUUCAAAGACCAUUCAUAGUACCUAUUGUUCAUUCUGUUAAGCCAGACAGAAGUGUUCUUCCUGUUCAAAAGAAUUGAAUUUCAUGUAUUGUGCCAAAUUGAACUAAAUUUCGACCACAUCGUCUGUUCUCAAUAAACAUUA